AUGUCAGUGGCAGGUACGGGAGCGAGGAUGGCCGACGACCUCUCGCUCUCGUCGUCCGCCUCGUACGCCAACUCGUGGAUCUCCUGGUUCCUCGCGUCCAAGGGCAACGAGUACUUCUGCGAGGUCGACGAGGAGUACAUCCUCGACCGCUUCAACUUGACGGGCCUCAACGCCGAGGUGCAGGGCUACUCGGCCGCCCUUGACCUCAUCACCGACACGGCCGCGGACGAGGACCUCAACGACGAGCAGCGGGAACACCUCGAGUCGUCGGCGCGGCACCUGUACGGCCUCAUCCACGCCCGCUUCAUCAUCACCUCGCGCGGCCUGUCCAAGAUGAUCGAGAAGUACAAGAAGGGCGACUUUGGGCGGUGCCCGCGCGUCCUGUGCUACGGCCAGCCGCUCCUCCCGCUCGGCCUGUCGGACCUGCCGUACCAGAAGGCCGUCAAGCUCUACUGCCCGCGGUGCGAGGACCUGUACAGCCCGAAAUCGUCUCGCCACGGCUCGAUCGACGGCGCCUACUUUGGGUCGACGUUCGCCCACAUGCUCUUCAUGGUCUAUCCGGGCAUGAUCCCGAGCAAGAGCGUGCCCGGGGCGGGGCAGGGCGCCGGCGGCCAGGCGGGCCUCGGUGGAGGUGGGCUCGGCGCGCAGGCGGCGAGCAAGGUCGAGAGGGUCCGACCGAGGAUCUUUGGGUUCCAGGUGCACGAGCACGCAAAGCUCCUCAGGUGGCAGGAGAAGGUGCGCGACCGGCAAAUCACACGCCUCGAGGACAUCGAGCGCGAGGGCCAGCUCGAGUAG